AUGGGGCUGUUGCGCAGCGGGGCCGAGGCGGGCAGCGCCGACGUGCAGCCGCUGAACCAGCUGAGCGGCCAGCAAUUUUCUUCCUUAACCGAAGUGAUUUUCCAGUUUCUGAGAGAACCUAAAGAGGUCGAAAGGUUUCUCACUCAGCUCUCCGACUUUGCUGCCCUGAACAAGAUCAGCCUGGGACCGUUGAAGAACAUUGUCAAAAGUCUUCUGUUGGUGCCAACUAGUGCCCUAAAGCGGACUCUGUCAGCAGAGCAGGUCAGAGCAGAUCUUAUCGCUCUGGGGCUGAGUGAGGAGAAGGCCGGCUAUUUUGAAGAACAGUGGAAGGAAAAUUCUCCUGCCCUAUUGCGCCUGGCUGUGGGGCAGAGCCUGAUGGUUAACCAGCUCAUAGACAUGGAGUGGAAAUUUGGAGUUACAGCAGGAAGCAGUGAGCUGGAAAAAGGAGGAAGCAUCUUCUUGCAGCUGAAACUGGUGGUUAAAAAGGGAAACCAGACUGAGCCGGUGUAUUUAGAGUUGACGCUGCCCCAGUUUUACAGCUUCCUGCACGAGAUGGAAAGAGUUAAAACCAGCCUGGAAUGUCUCAGCUGACUCACUGGUGUGG